CUGACGUCAACAGUAUAAAGUCUACCGGUCACCGCCUGAAACCUGCAGAAGGGAACUUUCUUCUCCAUUGGUACGGUACAGUUCGGUACUUUACCAACGUCAUUAUCCUUUGUUAUUUGCUUUUGGAUCGUUCCAGUCCAAAAACCGGUUCCAUCCAGUUUGUUCAUGAUGCAACUCAGCAACGACGCACACUGCAACAAGCACUCGCUGCUCAACGUCAUGAACCGCUUCAUGGCCGCAGCCAACAACAUGAACGAGACCAUCAUGGUGCCAAGCUUAUUGCGGGACGUGCCUCUGGAGGAGCAGGACAGCCAAACCCCUUUUAGUCACAACAACGAGCCCUCUUUACCCAGUAAACAGAGGGACAUGUAUGAGCAUUACCUGCUGCUUAAGUCCAUUAAGAACGACAUGGAGUGGGGCUUGCUGAAGAGGGAGAUGGGUGGCAGUGCCAGCUUCCUGGAGAUGGCUGUGAAGCAGGAGGGGCCACAGCAGCAGGUGAAAGGAGACGCUGAGGAUGGUUCAGACCUGGAGGGCCAGUUCCACUACCACCUCCAUGGACUGUUUGCAGUUUUAUCCAAACUCACGGUCCAGGCAGAUCACCUCACAAAUCGUUACAAGCGAGAAAUAGGAGGGGGCAGUCUGUUGAGAUAGUGUUUUCUUCUUUUGUAGUAAUCUGGACAAUACUUGAACUGUUGGGACUGGGAGUUGAUGGGGCAGCGGUGGACUGAAAGGGCUAUAGAUUCCCCUCUGCCAGCGAAAGGGUUUCUUGCCGUAGAGUCUUGGCAGUUACACCAACUCUCUGGUGCUGUCAAGACAUUAAAGGGCCAUGGGAGUGAGAUUUACAACUGACCAUUUCGGCAAAGUACGCCUCCAUUUUGGUUUGAAUUCUUUGUCCUCGUAUGUCCGGUCAGAAAGCCCCUUAAUGUGUUAUUCAAAGCUGAAGAAUUGGAAUGCUGGUAAUUCUGUUCUUAUUAGCAAGAAUUCAAAAUUCUUGAUCUCCAGCUCAUGCCUUUUUUCGUUUUUGUAAAUGAGGGGAUUUUACGUAUUCAUGCUGCUCUUGUGCACUUGUCCAUGCUAAAUGGUGUGCCUUUAUUCAUUUCCCACUUGUGCUGUUCUCAGUGUAUGCUUGUGCAUUGUAUUGAUUUGAACAGAGCCCACGUAAGUUUGUAAUGCCACUUUCAAGUUUGUGUUUUUGUUUGUCCAAAAAAGGUUUCGGAUUGAGCUGUAAUGGUGACUUAUUAAAUAAAGCAUUAACUCAAAUUUA